GAAAAUGAAAUACGAACAACCGCGCUGGUUGUAAUAGAUCGACUUGAAUGCGUCUUCUUGCUCCAGCAUUCAAGUUCCAUUUCAAGGGAGGACGACGUACCAUGAUACUUUCUGUUUUGUCGAGCCCUGCUUUGGUCUCUGGUUUGAUGGUUGUACGUGCUAAAAAUCCGGUACAUUCCGUUUUGUUUCCCAUCCUAGUCUUUUGCGACACUUCUGGUUUACUUAUUUUGUUAGGUCUCGACUUCUCCGCUAUGAUCUCCCCAGUAGUUCAUAUAGGAGCUAUUGCCGUUUCAUUCCUAUUCGUGGUUAUGAUGUUCAAUAUUCAAAUAGCGGAGAUUCACGAAGAAGUAUUGCGCUAUUUACCAGUGAGUGGUAUUAUUGGACUGAUCUUUUGGUGGGAAAUGUUCUUCAUUUUAGAUAAUGAAACCAUUCCAUUACUACCAACCCACAGAAAUACGACCUCUCUGAGAUAUACGGUUUAUGCCGGAAAGGUACGAAGUUGGACUAAUUUGGAAACAUUGGGCAAUUUGCUUUAUACCUACUAUUCCGUCUGGUUUUUGGUUUCUAGUCUGAUUUUAUUAGUAGCUAUGAUUGGGGCUAUAGUACUUACUAUGCAUAGGACUACAAAGGUGAAAAGACAGGAUGUAUUCCGACGAAAUGCCUUGGAUUCUAGGAGGAAUAUAAUGAACAGGACUAUUUCUCCUUUUGGCCAUAGCCAGCCCGCCCCUAGAGCCCCAAGGAUCGCUGCCCUUCAACACGAAGAGCAAGCGAGAAAGAACAAGGGAGAGAUGUAA